GAAAGGGUCAGGGUCCUGAAGCAGCCGGACAUCCUGAAAAUCUGAUUCCCAUCUUGAGAGCCUCUUCCGAAAGGCCAUAUAUAUAUAGCCUGGCACAGAGGGCACAGGACAAGCCAAGCACCGCUCCCUUUGCCUCUGAAGAGAGAUCAUCUUGCAGUACUAGGGAAUGCCCAUCACCUGUGCCCUGUAGACAGUGCUUGCUGACGCCACCAUGCCAAGCCGGAUCCCUCUCCCUGCGUUCUGCUGCUUCCUUCUCCCCUGGGCCUUCACCAGCUUUCACAAAGCCCUGGGGAACCCGGCCCCCCAUCCGGGUCCCCACUACCUCCUGCCCCCCAUCCACGAGGUCAUUCACUCUCGUCGUGGGGCCACGGCCACACUGCCCUGCGUCCUGGGCACCUCGCCUCCCAGCUACAAAGUACGCUGGAGCAAAGUGGAUCCCGGGGAGCUGCGGGAAACGCUGAUCCUCAUUACCAACGGACUGCACGCCCGGGACUACGGGCUCCUGGGAGGGCGCGCCAGCUUGCGGAGGGGGCAUCGGCUGGACGCCUCCCUGAUCAUCAAGGACGUGCGUCUGGAGGAUGAGGGUCGGUACCGCUGCGAGCUCAUCAAUGGCAUCGAGGACGAGAGCGUGGCACUGACCCUGCGCCUCGAGGGUGUGGUGUUCCCGUACCAACCCAGCCGGGGCCGCUACCAGUUCAAUUACUUCGAGGCGAAGCGGGCGUGUGAGGAGCAGGACGGACGCCUGGCCACUUAUGGCCAACUCUACCAGGCGUGGACCGAGGGGCUGGACUGGUGCAACGCCGGCUGGCUGCUCGAGGGCUCCGUGCGUUACCCUGUGCUCACCGCGCGGGCUCCGUGCGGCGGCCACGGGCGGCCAGGCAUCCGCAGCUACGGACCCCGCGACCGCAGCCGCGAUCGCUACGAUGCUUUCUGCUUCACCUCCGCCCUGGCAGGCCAGGUGUUCUUCGUGCCCGGGCGGCUGACGCUGUUGGAAGCCCACGCGGCAUGCCGGCGGCGCGGAGCUGUAGUAGCCAAGGUCGGGCACCUCUACGCUGCCUGGAAGUUCUCAGGGCUGGAUCGAUGCGACGGAGGAUGGCUGGCGGACGGCAGCGUUCGCUUCCCCAUCACCACGCCGCGGCCGCGCUGUGGGGGUCUCCCUGACCCUGGGGUGCGCAGCUUCGGCUUCCCCCGGCCCCAGCAGGCCGCCUACGGGACCUACUGCUAUGCCGAAAAGUAGGCGUGCACUGCUCUGCCACGCGCACACGACAGAGUGGCGGGUCCCCUCUGGACAGACGAAGGCCGAGCCCCCACACCUGCUUUCCCAGGCCAGCGUGGUGCUCCAGCCUCCUGGGUAGAGGAGCGUCCCGGGCAUUAACUGACCAAUAAAAUAACAUGGCACCU